AUGAUCCUGAUCGAUGAGCCAGCCCUCGGCGCCUGCUAGAUUGGGCAGUCGGAUGGGAUUACCUGCAUUUUUAAUGCGAAGAUCGAUCACCCGGUAGUAUCUUUCCUUCCGCUUUGGUCCUGAAAUCGGAAAUCCCCCGCGAUGGCGACGGCACACGAGCCCGGGCGGGCGCGCGCGAGGGGAAGGAUCACACGAGCUCUCGCCACUUGUCGCCGGCCAGGGGGCGCGCGCCUCGCCGCCUCGCCGCCUAUAUCUUCUCUUCAACCGGCGGGCGAGGCCACCCACCGGGCCUCGCCAUGCCCGUAUGAUAUGCGAUCGGUUGGGUUGGACCCCCACCCCUCGGCCCUCGCCGCUGCUGCGGCUACUAGUUUAUUCAUGCCCUUCCUGUCACGCACGACGACGACGGCCAUAAUUAGUAACCCCCUCCGCGCUCCGGCCCAUCCGCCAGGCCAGCAGCAGCAACACCUGCCUGCCUUUUGGGGGAUUUGACACCCAUCCAUCCAGCUCGGAGAGCCGGCGCUUGCUUCUUGCUCUUGCAGUCUUGCUUCGAGCGUCUCCUUCGUUUCCGAUCGAUCGGUCGUGUUCGUGUCGAUCCUUAGCUUGGUGGUGAUAGUCCGAUAGAUGGACGGCCUCCACACGGAGCUCGCGCUGGGGCUGCUCGGGUGCGGCGGCGGCCAGCUCCAGACGGCGCCGUUCGUGGCCAAGACGUACCAGAUGGUGUGCGACCCGCGGACGGACGCGCUCGUGCGCUGGGGGAGGGACAGCAACAGCUUCGUCGUCGCCGACCCCGCCGGCUUCUCGCGGCUGCUCCUCCCCUGCUUCUUCAAGCACAGCAACUUCUCCAGCUUCGUGCGCCAGCUCAACACAUACGGGUUCCGGAAGGUGCACCCGGACCGGUGGGAGUUCGCGCACGAAUCCUUCCUGCGCGGCCAGACGCACCUGCUGCCGCGCAUCGCGCGCCGCAAGAAGCGCGGCGAGGGCGCCGCGUCGUCCUGCUCCGCCGCGGGCGCCGCCGGCGAGGAUCGCCACCAGGAGCAGGAGGGCCAGCUGCUGGAUCAGGAGGAGCGGGAGGCGGUGCUCGAGGAGGUGCAGCGGCUGCGGCGGGAGCAGACGGCCAUCGGAGAGGAGCUGGCCCAGAUGAGCCGCCGCCUGCAGGCCACGGAGCGGCGCCCCGACCAGCUCAUGUCCUUCCUCGCCAGGCUCGCCGAGGACACCGACGGCGUCACGCGCCACCUCGUCGAGCAGGCCGCCGAGAAGAAGCGCCGCCGCCUGCAGCUCUCCUCCCACCCCAUUUCCCCUAUCCCGCCCCCGCUCCCUCCGGCGGCGCCGCCAGCCCACCCGCUGCUGGGGCUCGGAGGCAAGGACUGCGACGGCUGGCAGUGGGCGGAGCAGAAGCCGCCGGCGAUAGUCCUCCCCUCCUUCGAUCCCGCCCCGAGCUCCUGCGGGGUGCAGCAGGUGCCGGAUUUCGGAGGCGGCGGCGGCGGCGGCGGCAUCAUCGGCAUGGGCCUGACUACCGCUGACGACACGGCAGUGGAGACGCCCUUCCCGUUCUGCCUCCUCGGCCAGGGUUUCUUUUAACCGCCUGCCGGUAAAUCAUGCGCAUGCACGUUCUACCUCGGCCUCUCCUGCUCACUCAUUUCCAGUUACUCCUGCUCCUUGUACUCUGCAAACCAUUCAUCUGCACAUCGAUGUCCCUAUCCGAUCAUCAUUAUCGCAAACGAGCACGGAUCAUUACAGGUCUGCUGUAUCUGUUGUAUGAAAUCGAAGAACUAGAACGAUCGGUAUCAAUGAGACGAUGAUCAUGUUCACUAGAUAGCUAGUAGUUUUUCGAUUCUUGUAGUAGUUACUAGUUAGGCCUUGUAUUUGUUGGUUGGGCAUGGUAGUGUAGUGGAGCUCUUUUUGUCCUCCAAGCUUGUAGGGUUUUCAGGGGAUUAAACUAAGAUUUGCCCCCAUUAAUUACUUUUGCCCCAAA